GGGACUCUGCGCUCCGCCGGCCGCUGUCCCGCCGGCUGCCCGGCCCCUCCGGUCCUCCCGGCCCGGCCCGGCCCCUCGUCCUCCCGCUUCGGGGGUCGGGCCCCGCGUCCCCGGAGGCGCCGGCGGCCGCUGCCCGCUGCCCGCUGCCCGCUGCCCGCUCCGGCAUGGCGGCCAUCCAGGCGCUGCAGCAGUGGUGCCGGCAGCAGUGCGAGGGCUACCGGGACGUGAGCAUCACCAACAUGACCACGUCCUUCCGCGACGGCCUGGCCUUCUGCGCCAUCCUGCACCGCCACCGGCCCGACCUGCUAAACUUCGACAGUCUCAGGAAGGAGGACGUCUAUGAGAACAACCAGCUGGCCUUCCGCGUGGCCGAGGAGCAGCUGGGGAUCCCAGCCCUGCUGGAGGCCGAGGACAUGGUGGCUCUGAAGGUGCCCGACCGGCUGAGCAUCCUGACCUACGUGUCGCAGUAUUACAACUACUUCCAUGGACGCUCGCCCAUUGGGGGCAUGGCUGGCGUGAAGAGGCCCCCGUCCGAGGCCCAGGAGGAGCCGUCCGGGAAGCGGGCCUUGCCCACGCCCGCCCGGGGGCCGCUGUCCCCCGUCAGCACCAACGUCCAGCGGAAGGACCGGGGCGCGGAGGGCCCCCCGCUGAAGGCUGUAAGCGCCACCCCCAGGGCCAGGGCGGCGCCGGGAGCAGCUCCUGCGCGCUGUGCGGCCGGCACGUGCACCUGGUGCAGCGACACCUGGCGGACGGGAGGCUGUACCACCGCAGCUGCUUCAGGUGCGCGCGGUGCUCCGGCACCCUGCGGCCCGGCGCCUACCGGCCCACGGCCCAGCCCGGCGUCUUCGUCUGCUCCAGCCGCUGCCCCGCCGCCCCCCCCGCGGAGCCCCGGCCGCCCAGCGCCCCCCCGACGGCCCCGGAGGCCGGGCCCGCAGCCCCGGGGCCCGCGGUGGGCGCCCCGGCCGAAGGCCCCCCGCGGGGCACCCCCUGCCAGGCCCCCGCGGGGGGCCCCGUGGGCGGAGCCCGGACGCCGGUGGACCAACAGCUCCCCGGUGGGGUGGUCCCCCCGCCCGGGACCCCCGGCCGGCAGCCCCCGUCCCGCUGCGGCCCCCACAGCCCCCGGCCGGCUCCCGGCCGCACGGCCGGCCCGGGCAGCCUCCCCGGGGCCCGGGCCCCCGGCCUGGACCCCCGCGGCCUCCCGGACGCAGCAGGCCCGCGAGAGGUUCCUGCUGGCGCCCGCGGCCCCCGCGCCCUCCGCGGCCGACCGCCGGGAGCAGGCGCUGAGCUGUCUCCGGAAGGCCCUGCCCGGGCUCCGAGGGGCACCGGAGCCAGGCAGGCCCGCCCCAGCCACUGCCUCUGCUUCCAACGGCCUUCCCAGAGCCGAAGGGCCACGAGCAGGUCCAUCGGCCAAGCUGCCACAGCCGGUGUCUCCCCCGGCCCUCAGCCCCCCUGCAAAGACUGAGUCGGCAGCCCCCCCGAGUGUGGGCACCACAGCACGGGCAUCCACGUCGCCCACGGUGGGCAGGGCGAGCUCAGCGGCGCCCUCAGGGGGCAGCCGGGCAGCUGCUGACUCCAGGGUGAAGCCAGAGGCCCCGCUGGCGAAGGGCCCAAGUGCCGGCUCCCAGAAGGACCAGGUGGAUGGGCCGGCAGCGUGGAGGAGCCACCUGAAGCCCGUGGCGAAGAAGCACCCGGCUGAGAGGGCCCCGGAGCCGAUGGAGCCGCGGGGCCCCGGGAAGCCGAGGGCGGGGGCUGCGCCCCAGAAGGCCGCUGGGAGCUCCGAGGGGGGCGUCUGCAUCACCUUGACCCCCGUGCAGCCCGACAGGACGCCGGGCCCUGCUGGCCCCCAGCCCAGCUGCUCCGCAGCCGCCUCCCGCACGGCGCCCUCCCCGUCCGGCCGCAGGAAGCUGGCGGUGCCCCCCAGCCUGGACGUCUCUGGCAGCUGGCUUCAGCCCAGGCCCCCGCGGCAGGAGGCCCAGGGCCAGGACAAGCCGGGGAGGCCCUUGGGCCCAGCCGACACCCCCGCCUCCCCUGGCAAGGCCGUGACCUCCCCGGUCAGGCUGCACCCCGACUACCUGCCCCCCGAGGAGAUCCAGAGGCAGGCCCAGCAGAUCCAGCGGCAGCUGGACGCACUGGAGCUCAGGGGCGUGGACCUGGAGAGGCGCCUGCGGGCGGCCGAGGGGGACGCCUCGGAGGACGCACUCAUGGUGGACUGGUUCCGGCUCAUCCACGAGAAGCAGCUGCUGCUGCGGCUGGAGUCAGAGCUGAUGUACAAGGCCAAGGACCAGAGCCUGGAGGAGAAGCAGCUGGACAUCUUGGACGAGCUGCGCCAGCUGAUGGCCCGACCGGAGGGUCUGAAGUCGCCCCGGGACCGGCAGCGGGAGCAGGACCUGCUGACCCAGUACGUGAGCACCGUCAACGACCGCAGCGACAUCGUCGACUUCCUGGACGAGGACCGGCUCAGGGAGCAGGAGGAGGACGAGGUGCUGGAGACCAUGAUCCAGAGGCUGGACCUGCAGAGGAAGAAGUCCAAGUUCCGCUUCUCCAAGAUCUGGUCCCCGAAGGGCAGGAGCAGGACCCCGGAGUGAGCCCUGGCCGGGGCCCGGCGGCGGCUGGACCCUCGUGGGCCCGAGCGGCCUCAAUAAAGAGCUGACCACGACCUGGCUCCGCCUC